CCACAACAGUAGCCUCAUGUUUGUAAGGGGCCUCCAACUUGUUCUUGAUGUGAUCUUGAAAGAGAACGGCCAACCAAAAUUUUGUAGCUUUCUUGGUGUUGGUCUCCACUGUCAUCAACCUAAAAGUCUUUAGGUACUGUUAGGAACUAACUCACUACUAUAUCAUGGGCAUUCAAGCAAUCAUGGUUCCCUAUAAAAGUCACUUUCUCCUCUAGUAUCGUGUAUCAAAACGAAAAUGAAGUUUUGGGGCUGGAUGCAUCAUAAGUCACGGGAUAAUAGCAAACAACUAUUGAAAGAUGCUACAACUGGUAACGGUCAUUUCCCCCUUUCAGCUCAUCCGUCCCUUGAUAGCCCCAGAUACAGUACUGGAAUCAGCAAACAAUUUAAUCUGUUCCAGGAAAGCUCCUUCGCAGGACUCAGUGAAGCGGGAAACAGUGAUUUUUUUCAUGGCUUUCUUGCCAUUGGAACCCUUGGUGGAGAAACAUUUCUGGACGAACCAGCAACACCGACAUUUGGCAUGACAUCUGGGGACCCAGCAACAGAUAAUGCAGAAGUAACAGAGAAUGAUCUGAAGCUCAUUAGCAAUGAAUUGGAAAAGUUUCUUGAGGCUGAAGCUAAAGAAGGACACAACCAACCAUCAGGAAGGAACAGCGACACUACCACUAUUGCAUCCACCAUUGAGGCCGCUGAGGGAGUAGAUGCCGAAGAAGAUGAUCAGCCAAUGAAGUUCCCGCUCCAAGAGUAUCUUUUUGGCUCUCAAAUCGAAUCAUCAGAAACAAAGGUUGCAGGCAAGAAGGAACGGGCAUCACUUGGAGAACUGUUUCAGGCAACAGAGGUGCAAGAAAAGCAUUCAGAAAACAAGUAUGAGGAGAAAAAGAAGAAAGCCAGUUCAACUCACAAGUCUGCAAAGCAUCUUGUGAAGAAGGUACUGAAAAAGCUUCACCUAUCCUCCAGGAGCCCUGACAGUGGUAAAACUGAAGUAGCUUCCACCAAGAAGAAGUUCCAAAAGAUGGCACAAGUUUUCCAUAGGAAAGUAUAUCCAGAAGAAUCCAUAACGGAAAGCAAAAUAUACAGCAGCAUGACAGAACCAAAAAACAGCAAAGGAAAUUCUACUGGACUAAUGUCCGAGAAGGUGAGACCAUGUCACAAGACAAGUAAAAGAUGGAUCCAAUACGAGCUAAGAAAUUCACAUUCAUCUGGAAAAGGAGAACACUGGAUCAAAACAGACGAAGACUACUUCGUGUUGGAGCUGUAAGGGAUGAGAAGAAACGCAAAUUAAAAAGUGCGAGUGAGUUAUGUCAGUUCAUGCAUGUGUGAAUCGUGUGGUGUGAUUAUGUAAAAUGUGUUCAAAAUUUAGCGGGAAUGGUCGUUAUGCCCUUCUAUGUAAUAAUAAAUAUUCACCGGGUUUUAUAAUUGCAGCAAGAUAUCUCAUA